AUGCUGAAGGUCUCAGCCCUCCUCGCUGUCCUCUGUGGGCUGCUGGCCUCAUCCUCUGCCCAGGAGGUCCAGGCUAGAGUUUCUCCGCAGCUCAUCAAUGAUUUGACUCAAGGACUCCUCAGGGUGGGCUUUCUUCCCAGCCUGCAGCCAAUCAACUUCCAGGCAUCACUGAAUAACGCCCUCCGCCAUGCGUCGGGCCUCCUGAACGCCGUGGGUGGCCCACUCUUCAGUGAGAUCGGCGCUGUCGGGCUGCAGGUGCAAGAUCCUCGACUGCUUCAAGUCUCCCUCGAGAUCGCCCAUCAAAGAAAGGAGGCCACGUUAUGGGCACCAUUGGCAUUUGGUCUGACUAUGGAGUUCCCAGCCUUGAGGCCCUUCACAGUGAACGUGCAAGCAGAUAUAAGGGUCCAGCUUCACCUGGAGAAGAAUCUAGAUGGCAGCUACGCACUUGCUUUUGGGAAUUGCAGGGUCACCCCUGAGACCGUGCGGACCCAAAUUGGAAGCGCAACCCACCCAAUUACAAAAUUUCUUCUGGGAAACAUAGAGAAAAUCCUGAGAACCGUAGUAGCCCAUGAUUUGGGAGAAAAACUGUGUCCUGUGAUUAAUAGAUGGCUCUAUGAGCUGGAUCUUCAUGAAGUUAAUGAGUUGAUUAAUCUGAUACUACAGCAGGACAAGUUCCAAGUCGUCAUCUAA